CUCUAUUUGCUUGGACUGUUUCUAAUGGCUCUCCUAACUUCCUUGCCUGAAAACUCCAACACCAAAAAACAACUCCCCAAACGCAAGCGAAAGCAACAGAAGCAGGAGCAAAAACAGAAGCAGAAACCACCCUCUUCAUGGGAUCAAAUCAAAAGCCUCAUAACCUGCAAACAGAUCGAAGGGUCCAGAGUGCAUGACCCAUCCAAGGUAGCUGGAUACUCCAAGCUAGGAUCUUCUUGCAGUUCCAUAUGUAGCUUCAGAGAUGUUGUUCAUGGCAACUCUCGAGUUGUUCACAGGGGUGAUAACUCUUCCCCUGAGAGUAGCACCCUCGGUCAAGAAACUAGCCUACUCAAAAGAAAACCUGUCACCGGUAAAUCCAACGGUGGAGCAACCUACACGUCAUCAUCUUCCAGAGGAAUGCAAUUCAGGAAAUUAUCUGGCUGUUAUGAAUGUCACAUGAUCAUAGACCCUAGCAGGCUACCAAUUCCGAGGAGCACUGUUUGUGCUUGCUCUCAGUGUGGAGAGGUCUUCCCUAAGAUGGAAAGCUUGGAGCUUCAUCAAGCUGUUCGUCAUGCUGUUUCGGAGCUGGGUCAGGAGGAUUCGGGUCGGAACAUAGUGGAGAUAAUCUUCAAAUCGAGUUGGUUGAAGAAGGACAACUCCAUAUGCAAGAUCGAACGGAUACUGAAAGUGCACAACACCCAACGCACCAUCCAACGGUUCGAGGAGUGCAGGGACACGGUAAAGAACCGUGCACUCAACAGCAGCAAGAAAAACCCCAGGUGCGCAGCCGAUGGCAACGAGCUCCUGCGGUUCUACUGCACCACCUUAACAUGCGCACUGGGCGCACGUGGCUCUUCCACCUUGUGUGCCGCCGUACCCGGCUGCGGUGUUUGCACCGUCAUCAGGCACGGUUUUCAAGGCAAGUCCGGCGGCGGCGGGGAGCAUGGCAAGGGGGUGAGGACCACCGCCAGCAGCGGUAGGGCUCACGACUCGGUGCAGUGCGGUGGCGAGGGUAGCAGCAGAAGGGCGAUGCUGGUGUGUCGUGUGAUUGCGGGGAGAGUGAAGCGCGUGGCGGAGGAUGCGUCGCCGUCUCCGUCGCCGUCGGAGGAGGAAACUGUGUCGGCUGGUUCCUAUGAUUCUGUAGCCGGUUACGCAGGAAUCUACUCGAAUCUCGAAGAGUUGAUUGUUUUCAAUCCAAGGGCUAUCCUUCCUUGUUUCGUAGUAAUUUACAAGGUGCAUGCUGAUUUUUAAUUAUUAUGGAAAAUGUUUAAUUACAAAUCUCAUACCUCACCUAUGCCGUUAAUUUUGAAUAAAUUACUAGUUAUCAAUCAACAAAUAUGUUGAUAAUUAAUAAUUUAUUCAUAGUUAGUUGUAGAUGGGUGUGUGUGAAAAAUGUGUUGUGACAAUAACAUAACUGAAUUGGUUAAUGUUCAGAUCAAUUUCAGUGAGAGAUAUGGGAAUUAGAAUAUUGUAAUGUUUUUACGUUGGUUUGGUGUCUGCUCUUCUGCUAUGCAUACGCAUGACCCAACCAUAGUGAAAGGU